CGUCCACGCUUCGUUUAGUCCAAAGCGAGAAAGCCACCAAAAGCCACGAAGGAGACGAGGGUCGGAUCCCGGAACGUUUCUAUUUUUUUUUCCCCCAACUUUCUUUCCCCGCGGAAGAAGAAACUGCGUUUUUACGUAUUACCGGACGUAACCGCACACGCCUGACCCACGUCUUUAUCAAGCGAUACUCCGACACGAGAGCGGCUUCGCGGAGCAGCUUGGAAGAGCCGUCCGUGAAAGAAAAAGACGCACGCUUCGGCGCGGGAGGCGCUAAUUCGAGAGCCGACGAUAUACAGUCCCGAUUUGAACGUCGACCAACGCGGGGGAUCGCCACGAGGGGAUCAUGGACCUGAUUUACAUACCGGAGGUGCUCACCUACGGGUACUCGCGGAAUCCGCAGUACCGCGACUACGAGCAGCCGUGGAACAAGGACUAUUUCAAGUGCGGCAACAGCACCAGAAAAACAGCGGAAAAUCAACGAACCGUGCAGCCACAAUCCAAAGAAAGCUGUCAUUUAUGCAAAGAGAUGAAAAGGAGAAACUUGGCAGCUUAUAUAAGAAGUAAAUCACGGAGCGAUUCCUGUCACGAAGGGAUCAACGAGGAAGAAGAAGAGACUGACGUGACAUGCAACGAGAGGAAAGUCGCAGAUGCCAACCGAAAUAAAUCGGCGAAGUAGUUACGCGUGCAGACAAUCCUAGCCUUUAGAUAUUACGAAUAAUGGACGAAUCGUAAUCUUUAGGUAUAACGGUCACGACAAUAAUUUUAUAAUUGCUUUUAAUGACGAUAAUAUUAAGCUUACAUUUAAGGCUCAGUCACAAUGAGAGGAAUAAGGAAUAAGAUAAAGGAAUUAGGAAUAAGGCAUAUUGCAUCUCACUUUAAUGUACGUGUAUUGAUGAAGUGAGAUGCGACAUUCCCUUAUUCCUUUAUCUUAUUCCUUAUUCCUCUCAUUGUGACUGAGCCCUUAUGACCACUGAAUUCACACAUAUCUGUUUCUGGAAAUACGUUAUAGAACGAUAAAACAGAAUCGAGUCUUGAAACUCUUUUGUAUUUUACAUUAUGCACAUGCGCAACGUUUUUUCCCCCCAAAUUAAUUAGACACAUGAAUAUUAAAUUGGAAUAACUAUAGAUGUUAUACCUUAUACCCCCAAGCAGGUAUGAGUCAAAUGAAUUCCCAGAAAGAAUCAGAUUAUAUCGAAGUGUGCGUGGUAAACAGGAAUAUUUUAUCAUUACUCCAUUCAUUCUUUCAGUUAUACAUUAUGGUUAAUCGCACGCUAGUCGUUUAACGAAUAUUCAUGUAAAUAUAAAUGUAAAUACGCUCCCAAAUGUCAAUUCUCGCUAAGACCGUUUAUUACGGCCGUCAAAUUUUGAAAAUUAUAUCCAUGCUUGCACAAAUUGAAUUCAUGCUAUUGAAAAAGAGAAAGAAAGAACAUAUCACUGCAAUCGUAAUUUUAGAAUCAGUUGCUAUCUUGCUUCAGAUAAUAACUGCAAAUAUAUCUAGAAUGAAAAAUGCAGCAAAAUCGAUUUGGAACUUCAAUAAAGUUAAUUACAAUAAAAGAACCUCACAGAUUAACUGCUUGAUAUAUGAGACUGAAUACACGAUUAUGUAUUUUAUAAGCACAGCGAAAUAAGUUUUAGUUUAAGUAUAUGUAAUACACUACAUAUAGCACAAUAACAUACAAUGUACUUAGUUCUGAAAAAAAUAAGAUUUUAAUAUCUUUUUAUUGUGGCAGAUGCUAAGUUAAAAUUAAAUCGAUAUAUUUCACCAGUUAUUUUACUUGUAACAAUUAUUUCUUAAGGUAUGUAUUUAAGUUAUUGUAUGAUCGGAUAUAACAAUCCACAAGCAUUUUUAUUUUACAUACUGGCAUAAUUUGAAUGUUACAAUUACUUGUAAAUAUUAAGUAAAAAAGGAUUAUAAGGUAUAAUAAUAAUAGUCUGAAGCAUA